AUCAGCAUGCGGAUACCAGGAUUCUUCGAUGAGCCUUUCCGUCGUCCAUUUUACAGCGGGUGCUAGUUUUCAACCAGAUUCUCUGCAUACAUCUUGGAUUCUUUGCCGUGUCAAGUUGUUUGUUGCCCGCUAACUAGGGGCAGAAAUCAAAAUGGUGAAGUUCCUUGAAGUCUUGAAGCCGUUCUGUGCGGUGCUGCCUGAAAUCUCUAAACCAGAGAGAAAGAUCCAGUUCAGGGAGAAAGUAUUAUGGACUGCCAUCACACUGUUUAUCUUCUUGGUGUGCUGCCAGAUUCCUCUGUUUGGAAUUAUGUCCUCGGACUCAGCGGAUCCCUUCUAUUGGAUGCGUGUGAUCAUGGCAUCGAACAGAGGUACAUUAAUGGAGCUGGGUAUAUCACCCAUCGUGACGUCUGGCUUGAUCAUGCAGCUGCUUGCCGGAGCUAAAAUCAUCGAGGUUGGAGAUACCCCAAAGGACCGGGCCCUCUUCAACGGAGCUCAGAAAUUGUUUGGUAUGAUCAUUACUGUUGGCCAGGCCAUCGUCUACGUCAUGACUGGCAUGUAUGGCGACCCCACAGACAUUGGCGCUGGCAUCUGCCUGCUGAUCAUCAUCCAGCUGUUUGUGGCUGGACUGAUUGUCCUGCUGCUGGACGAAUUGCUGCAGAAGGGAUACGGCCUUGGGUCUGGUAUCUCCCUCUUCAUUGCUACCAACGUGUGCGAGACCAUUGUGUGGCGAGCGUUUAGUCCGGCCACCGUCAACACUGGAAGAGGCACCGAGUUUGAGGGCGCCGUGAUAGCCCUGUUUCACCUGCUGGCCACCCGCUCCGACAAGGUGCGCGCCCUGCGCGAGGCCUUCUAUCGACAGAAUCUGCCCAACCUGAUGAAUCUGAUGGCCACCCUUCUGGUCUUUGCCAUCGUCAUCUAUUUCCAGGGAUUCCGUGUAGACCUGCCCAUCAAGUCUGCCCGUUACCGUGGCCAGUACAGCUCCUACCCCAUCAAGCUCUUCUAUACAUCCAACAUCCCCAUCAUCCUGCAGAGUACCUUGGUCUCCAACUUGUACGUCAUAUCCCAGAUGAUGGCGGUGAAAUUCAGCGGCAAUUUCUUUGUGAACCUGCUGGGGGUGUGGGCGGAAGCUGGCGACUCGGGCCCCCACCGGUCCUACCCUGUAGGUGGUCUGUGUUACUACAUGUCGCCGCCGGAGAACUUCAGCCACAUGGCGGCAGACCCAAUCCAUGCCGUCUUCUACAUCGUCUUCAUGCUGUCCUCCUGCGCCUUCUUCUCCAAGACAUGGAUUGAUGUGUCAGGCUCAUCUGCCAAGGACGUUGCCAAGCAGCUGAAGGAUCAGCAGAUGGUGAUGAGAGGACACAGGGAAAAGUCGAUGAUCCAUGAACUCAACAGGUACAUCCCGACGGCAGCCGCUUUUGGCGGUCUGUGCAUUGGCGCCCUUUCGGUCACAGCCGACCUCUUGGGUGCCAUUGGCUCGGGCACCGGUAUCCUGUUGGCUGUCACCAUCAUCUACCAGUACUUUGAGAUCUUUGUCAAGGAACAGAGCGAGAUGGGUGGCAUGGGAAGUCUACUCUUCUAGAUGAUCACAUUCGAUUCUUCUUAACUACUGGAUUCCUUUUUCUUUUUUUUUCUUUUUUUUUUUAAUGGUGAAAUGAACUGACAACAGUUUCAGCAUUUAGACGGGGCUUUGGUUUAAAAUACAAGUGUAGUGACAUCGUUGCUCUUAACUGGCAUCUUGGCUUUAACAGUAGUGUCAGAGGUGGGAUAAGGGUGGAUGAACAUAAGUCCACCAUCUGAUGGUAAGAACAGCUAUAAAACCUGACAUUGUUUGGCCCUCCCAAAAAUGUUUAUCCUUUCUUGAACUUAACUAAAAUGUUCCUUGUUGUCUCUACACCAUUUCCUUCAUUUCUUGUGCUGAGUUUCAGUUCUCCCUCUCAUUAGAACUGUUUGACUAGUGAAUGAAAAAAUCAGAAGUCUUGGUUUAGGGGAUUCCUUUUAUGUUUUACUAAGUAACUGCUUUUCUGUUAUUCAUCGCAGGUAGAGUCACUAAUGUGUCAACUUUUAAAGAAAAAUUUUGUUCAGAAAAUGAUUUUUGUCUUUAAUGUACUGUAUCUUGGACGUGUUCUUUUACAUGUUUUGAGUUUAGUUCUUUCAAAUUCCCCUAUUUAUGAAGUUACAGCCACAGGAUAUCUGUCUCACCUGCCAUUUACAUAUAUGUCGUUUGUCAGUGAGUUCAUUCGCUUCUUUUGUCUGAUCUAUCUGGAAUCUCUUAUUUCUGAUCAAAUCAUUGAGCUUGUCGGUUCGCUGAUUGCUAAAAGCCACGGAAGUGCACAGAGUUUCGUCACUGUAUGCAAGUUGUGUUGUUGUAUACCAGGGUUGAUGAUGUUUUCAUAUAUCGCGUUGCAACCAAUGGGUUUGGCGCGGGUAUUUCGUAUGAUAAGCCAGCGAACGAUGAACUAGCGUAGAAUUAACCAAACUAAAAGAAAAUGUACCCUUUGUACAAAAAUUUAACCGAAAUGCCUGUAAACUAUUGUCCCAUAAAGUCUUUUGUCAGCAACGAAUUGAUUUCAAGAACAGUGAGUUGAGUGGAUCCAAGUAUGUGUUGAAAUUUACAUUUUACAGUAUGAGCUGGCCAGAAGAGGCGAGAAAGUGUCUGUGGUCUGUCAGUGUUAAUGAAUUUCAUUAAAGGAUUCUUUAUUGAAAAAAAGAAAGAAAAUUACUUGUAGCUUCUGAACUCGAGCUCGAAUGAGAUUUUCAUGGGGGGAUGCCACCAUUGCACGGCGUGGCCACGGUGUUGAAGGCUGUUCAUUGCACGAACCUUUUGUCAUGAAUUUCAGAAACAGUGCAAACAUAGGCUUUUCCAGCCGUCGUCUACAUAUGCUUCACGCGCUUUGGGGAAGUCCAAGUUCAUAAUUUGGAACCCUUCCAGGAAUAAAACUGGAGAGGACCGGAAAAAAUAUCCUGUGUCUCUGGACAUCUCGUGUGAUUUUUUAUAACAGUAAUUCUAGUUUAUACAAACAAAACCGUUAGCAAAUACGUGUGCUUCCUUUCAGUAGUCAUACGAGACGGUUUCUGUGAUUAUGAUCAGUUGUCGAAUACACACAGUUUUAUUUUGGAGGGAAAUUAUAGUAGCACUUGAGACGGAAAAGGAGGA